CAGAAGCAGUAACCUUCCGCUUUGCCGUUACAGUCCGGUUAUAAAACCAAAACUGAGCUACAAAAACACUCAGGACUUUAACUUUCAUUGCGUUGCGGUGAAUGGAGUUCGACAAGUUCUGCAGUGUGGACAGUUCCGAUCCAUUUUGGGAUUGGAACCGUACAUGGUACACUGCUAACCCAGACCUCACCCAGUGCUUCCAGAACACUGUCCUGGUGUGGCUACCAUGCCUCUACCUCUGGAUGUGUGCCCCCCUCUACCUCCUCUACCUCCGUGGCCAUGACCGUGGCUACAUAUGCAUGAGUCACCUCAACAAAGCUAAAACUGCUGUUGGCCUUCUAUUGUGGAUUAUCUGCUGGGCAGAUGUUUUCUAUUCUUUCUGGGAAAGAAGUCAUGGCAGCAGAGUCCCUGCACCCGUCUACCUAGUCAGUCCAACCCUACUGGGCCUCACCAUGUUGCUGGCCACCAUGUUAAUUCAGUACGAACGUAUGAAAGGGGUUCAGUCGUCUGGAGUGAUGCUGAUCUACUGGCUGCUGGCACUGCUGUGUGCCACAGUAACCUUCAGGUCCAAGAUCCUGCAGGCCCAGGACCAGCUAUCAGCGGUGUAUGUGUGGAGGUACACCACCUUCUAUAUCUACUAUGCUCUGCUGCUGGUUGCUCUGUUCCUGUCCUGCCUGACGGACCAGCCGCCCCUCUUCUCGCAGGCUGUUAAAGACUCGAAUCCCUGCCCUGAGCUUGGAGCUUCUUUCCUCUCCAGAAUAACUUUCUGGUGGAUCACAAACAUGAUGAUGACAGGCUACAAGCACCCACUGGAGGAGAAGGACCUGUGGUCUUUGAACCCAGAGGACCGCUCCCAUAGAGUGGUUCCACAGUUGGUGUGUCGCUGGAAUGCAGAGUGCCAAAAGGUCAAAAGGGCGGAGGAGAAAACUUUGUAUUCCCCCAAGCAGGUCCCGCACAGCGAGGACAAAGAUGGCCGAGCUGUGGAAGAGUCUGAAAUCUUGAUUGUGAAAAACCCCCAAAAAACAAAAGAGCCCUCCCUGCUCUGGGCACUGUGCCUGACCUUCGGGCCCUACUUCCUCAUCUCCUGCCUCUAUAAGAUCAUCCAGGACAUCCUCAUGUUCGUUGGGCCUGAGAUCCUCCGGUAUGAAACCUCAGUUUAUCUCAAACACAUAUGGCUGCUGAUACGCUUUGUCAACAACUCCAGUGCCCCCUCCUGGCAGGGGUACUUCUACACCGCUCUGCUCUUCAUUUGUACCUGUGUGCAGUCCCUGAUCCUCCAGAAGUAUUUUCAUGUUUGCUUUGUCUCAGGCAUGCGUCUGCGCACCGCCAUCAUCGGAGCUGUUUAUAGGAAGGCUUUGGUUAUAAGCAGCGCAGCCCGCCGCACCUCCACGGUGGGAGAGAUUGUCAACCUGAUGUCAGUGGACGCUCAGCGCUUCAUGGACCUCAUCACUUACAUCAACAUGAUAUGGUCUGCCCCUCUGCAGGUGGUGCUGGCCCUUUACUUUCUCUGGCAGAACCUGGGUCCAUCCGUGCUAGCUGGAGUGGCUGUGAUGGUUCUGAUGGUUCCUGUUAAUGCCGUCAUUGCCAUGAAAACCAAAACAUACCAGGUGGCUCAGAUGAAGAGUAAGGACAAUCGCAUUAAGCUGAUGAAUGAGAUGCUAAAUGGCAUCAAGGUGCUGAAACUGUACGCCUGGGAGCUGGCCUUCAAGGACAAGGUGUCUGAAAUUCGUGAGAGUGAGCUGCGGGUCUUGAAGAAGGCCGCCUAUCUGGGUGCAAUGUCCACCUUCACUUGGGUCUGUGCACCUUUCCUGGUUGCCCUCUCCACUUUCACUGUGUACGUGCUGAUUGACGAACACAACGUGCUUGAUGCCCAGAAGGCCUUUGUGUCACUGGCACUCUUCAACAUUCUCCGUUUUCCUCUCAACAUGCUGCCAAUGGUCAUCAGUAGCAUGGUGCAGGCCAGUGUGUCCUUGAAGCGCCUGAGAGUGUUUCUAUCACAUGAGGAGCUGCAGGAAGACAGUGUGGAGCACAAAGCAGUAGCAGGCUCCCCACACAGUAUCUCCAUAGUGGAUGGAGUUUUCAGCUGGUCCAGAACUGAAUCACCAAUACUCAAGAAGCUGACUGUGCAUAUCCCAGAAGGCUCUCUGGUGGCCGUGGUGGGACACGUGGGUUCAGGAAAGUCCUCACUGCUCUCUGCCCUGCUCGGAGAGAUGGACAAACUAGAGGGAACCGUGACUGUCAAGGUGGCUGACACAGGUUGGGUGGCCUACGUUCCCCAGCAGGCCUGGAUCCAAAACUCCACACUCAAAGAAAACAUAAUGUUUGGUCAGGAGAGGAGAGAUUCCUGGUAUCAGUGUGUGGUGGAUGCAUGUGCCCUUCGGCCUGAUCUGGAGAUCCUUCCUGCUGGAGACGAGACCGAGAUUGGAGAGAAGGGGGUGAAUCUGUCUGGAGGUCAGAAGCAGAGGGUGAGCCUGGCCAGGGCUGUCUACUGUGACCGUGCUGUGUACCUGCUGGAUGACCCACUGUCUGCAGUUGACGCUCACGUGGGAAAACACAUCUUUGAUCAAGUCAUUGGCCCACAGGGACUGUUGAAGGACAAGACUCGUGUGCUGGUGACCCAUGGGCUGAGCUACCUGCCCCAAGCCGACCUGAUCCUGGUCAUGGUGGAGGGACAGAUCACAGAGAUGGGUUCCUACCAGCAGCUCAUGGCCACAGAGGGAGCCUUCUCUGAGUUUCAGCGAACAUACAGUGCUGUCGACCACACUGAUAACAAUGAAUCUGUACCAAAGAGUGGAACGAAAGGAAUAGACAAUGGCAGUGCGACUGCUUUUGUUGGCAGCAGUCCGGGUGUCAGCACUGUGUCCAAACUAUCCCAGAUGGGCAAGGAGGACAAGGUGCCGAGCAAGAAGGCCAAGAACCCUGAGGUGGGCAAGCUGACAGAGGCUGACAAGGCCAGCACUGGACAGGUCAAGCUGUCAGUGUUCUGGGCUUAUCUGAAAGCCAUCGGAGUGCUUCUGUCCUUCAUCAGUCUGCUGCUGUUCCUGGCCCAUCACCUGGUCUCCCUUUUCUCUAACUACUGGCUGAGCCUGUGGACUGAUGACCCUGUGGUUAACGGCACACAGCCUAACAGACUGAUGAGACUUGGAGUGUAUGGGGGUCUCGGCCUGACCCAGGGUGUGGCAGUCUUCGGUUACUCCCUCUCCAUGUCCAUCGGCGGCAUCCUGGCAUCCCGCUACCUCCACGAGUCCAUGCUGUAUGACGUCCUGCGCUCCCCUAUGUCCUUUUUUGAGCGAACCCCCAGCGGAAACCUGGUUAACCGCUUUGCAAAAGAGAUGGACACCAUUGACUCAGUGAUCCCCAGUAUUAUUAAGAUGUUCAUGGGCUCUAUGUUCAAUGUGAUGGGUGCUUGUGUUAUCAUCCUGAUCGCCACACCACUAGUUGCUAUCAUCAUUCCUUUUCUUGGCCUGAUCUACUUUUUUGUGCAGAGGUUUUAUGUGGCGUCAUCUCGCCAGCUGAAGCGUCUGGAGUCAGUCAGCCGUUCGCCCAUCUACACCCACUUCAAUGAAACUCUGCUGGGAACCUCCGUCAUCCGAGCCUUUGGUGAACAGGAGCGCUUCAUCCGUGAGAGUGACCAGCGGGUGGACCACAAUCAGAAGGCUUACUACCCCAGUAUAGUAGCAAACAGGUGGCUGGCUGUUCGCCUGGAGUUUGUAGGAAACUUCAUUGUGUCAUUUGCUGCAUUGUUUGCUGUCAUAGCCAGAGAGAGCCUCAGUCCAGGCAUCAUGGGGCUGGCUAUCUCCUAUGCCCUCCAGCUGACUGCCUCUCUGACCUGGCUGGUGAGAAUGUCCUCUGAUGUGGAGACUAACAUAGUGGCUGUGGAGAGAGUGAAAGAGUACAGUGACACAGAGAAAGAGGCUGAGUGGAAACAGGAGUCCUCCAGCCUCCCUCCAGGGUGGCCCACUAAAGGCUGCAUAGACAUCAGAGGCUUUAGCCUGCGCUAUCGCCACGAUCUGGACCCGGCCAUUCACAAUAUCAACAUCAACAUCAAUGGAGGAGAGAAGGUGGGCAUUGUGGGACGCACCGGAGCGGGGAAGUCGUCCCUGACACUGGGUCUGUUCCGGAUCAUUGAGGCAGCUGAGGGCCACAUCUUCAUCGAUGGCGUGGAUAUAGCUCAGCUGGGCCUCCAUGACCUCCGCUCUAGAAUCACCAUCAUACCACAGGACCCAGUGCUGUUUUCAGGCUCUCUGAGGAUGAACCUGGAUCCUUUUGACAGCUACUCGGAUGAGGAAAUAUGGAGGGCUUUGGAGUAUUCCCAUCUCAAGAGCUUUGUCUCUAGCCUGCCUAACAAACUCAGCCAUGAGUGUAGUGAAGGAGGAGAGAACCUCAGUGUGGGUCAGCGGCAGUUGCUGUGCCUGGCCAGAGCUCUGCUGAGGAAAACACAAAUCCUGGUUCUAGAUGAGGCAACAGCAGCUGUGGACAUGGAGACAGACAACCUAAUCCAGUCCACUAUCCGCUCUCAGUUUGAGGACUGCACUGUCCUGACAAUAGCUCAUCGCCUUAACACUAUAAUGGACUACACAAGGGUCCUGGUGUUGGACAAGGGAGAGACGGCAGAGUUUGACUCCCCCUCCAGUCUCAUCGCUCAAAGAGGUGCCUUUUACAAGAUGGCCAGGGAUGCUGGGCUGGUCUGAAAGCAGGAGGUGCCUCACUUUGUCCAGCUUCUCCUCUGAGCCCCUCCCAGCUCCUCUGGCUCCCUCCCAUGGAGGUCCUGAGUUGAAGAGUCAGAGGGAGAUCAAGUAGGGGAAUUGAGAUUUCAAGUGUUUGACUAUUUAAGCAAGAUUGUUGAUGAGAAGAGCGGGUUUGGUUUGAGCUGCCCCACCUUACACUUCCGUCCUCAUUUAACCAGACAAUUUUAUGCUGACUGUCCCAAAUAACCUUGCUUAUGCCUGUAAAGCUAGAUCAGUCUAUGAAGCCUCUGUUUCUUCCUGCCCUUUUCACAUUUUCACUGCCAUUUCUGCCAUGAAAGAGGGGGUGACAAGUUCUAACCUGAGACAGUGGUAUGUGUCUUUUAUUUUGACAGAGCAUUGUACUUGUUCUCGAGCAGGGAAGGGGAGUUUUGCUGCUCUACAGACAGAAUUUCCUGUGUAUCAUAAAUAGAAAUGGUUCACUCCUGGUUGUUGUAACCAAUGCUGAAGUUGGUAGAGGACUCCAUACUAACUGUAUAUAGUAUGUUCUAGGGCUGCCCUGAUUUUUCUCAUCCACUGGUAGUCAAAUGUUAACAGAAAAAGCAGUAAUGAUGAAUGUGUCAGAACAACCAGCAAGGAGACAUUGAACAUUUAGCUCAUUUAUUUCAACACAGUAUAACAUCAACAAGUCUCGUUCAGAACACGGAAUAAAUAAAAUCCAACUUUACUAAAACAAAUACAGCAGGACUUAUCGAUAUGAUGAAUAUAUCACUCAAUCAUCAUCAAAUUGACUCGCUACAAACUUGCUCCUCUUCCUCUGUUUAUUUCCUCUCCUGUCGCUGCCUGAACCCACCGUGUCUUCAUUCCCAGUAUAGUCCUAGUCUGAGCUGCUGUAAUUCAGCUGGCCUCCGUUGAGGCUGUAAGCCACUGGAUCCCCCGCUCCUACACUAGUAGUGUUUAAACUCCCCUUGUCCUUCCAGCUCCCAGUUCGGGUCCAGGUCCAGGUGAUUCUUCUGAGAGGGCAGUGGUCAUCAUCAGAAGGAUGUGAAGGUGUUGGCAGCUGAUUGGUCAACAGUAUCAGUUACGCUGGUGAUGUCACAGACCCAAGAAGGGGUGGUUUGUAACAUUAAACAUCAGCACAUAUAAAUCAACUACAACGCACAAACAGAUGGAAUCCGUUGGAUAGAUUCCACUCGACUGUUACUUUACGUCCAGCACUGAUUGUUUAUUUAUUGUUUGUUUGUGCUCUUUCAGCUUUAAAUUAAUGUGUUCAUUCAAGCUGCUGUUCUGGUCGUGCAGUGAUUUUCAGUCUCCAAAGUAAACUUUUGGACUUUCAGGGGAAACUCAGUUCUCUUCUUUGCCCGUACUCUGUACUCUUGGUGUGGAGAUGGGCGGCUGCAGAAGAACAAAAUAGAGUUUUAUUUUAGUUCAACUCUAAUGAGGUCAUAAGGUACUGAAUGUGCACUAAAUGAACUUUCAAACUUUCUGGUUCAUUUUUUUUAAAUGUACACAUUACAUAUGUUUUAAUUGUUUACAGCCAAGUCAUGCUUCACACAAACAAAUGGACACAGGCCAAAAGAUUUUUUUUCAAAUCUCCCAUAUUGACAUAUUUCUUUGCAUUACUGUCAUUUUGUUAGUGAGUUACUGUGUUACUUUUAGUGAAUAAAGAUAUAUUGAUUUGAAUGAGUGUUUUAACAAACUACUGUGUAUGUAGAGAGUUCUUGAACUGACAUGCAGAAAGAAAUGCCAGUUUCUAGUGUGCACUGGGAAUAGUUCAGUGCGCAUUAGGAACUCUGCUUAUAGUCCUCAGAAAUGAACGCCAAAUAUAUUAUAACUUGGUUAUAACAGUGAUCAUCUAGUGUUCCGCCAAACAUUCUUCACAUGCUCAACUUUGAGUAGUUCUGCUUACAAGUGGCAAAUGAUAUUCUGUCUUAUUGUUCUGCACAGAAGAGACAAGAUGUAUUAGCUAUAUUUUUAUCAUGGACCUCAGUAUAAAGAUAUUGCUGCUUUGCUUUGCUUUGCUGUCAACACAACAUUAUCUCGAGAGGACAUUUGUUGCCUUCUGCUGCCACCCUGAACACUCUAGAAUGAGAUUAAAGUUUAAGGAGCACACCCAAAAUGUCUUUUUUCUUGUGCACAUUGUUUCUAAUGUGCACUUCAUUCAAAAUGAACAAAAAUUCUGACAUACAUUUUCCAAGCUAUACCUACUGGCAACACCUGCCAUACAAGGUGUUUAUAGUGUGAAAGGAAUACAGGAAUAUUAAGGCAUCGUCAGUGUCACAUUUGUUACCAGCAAAGUCUCCACACUUCACAUACUGAUUCUGCAAGUGUUUUUCUUUCUUUCCAUUUGUGGAUCUGGAGUAGAUGUUUUACAGAAGCGAAUGGUCGAAUGGGAUAAAAAAAAAAAAGAAUUCUGAGAAAAGACAUAAUUUUUAGUUUGAAGUAAGUUAAAGAACCAUUCUGGAGGUAUUUGAGGGAGAAUUAGUUUUCUCAAAAUUUAGUUUGUUUUUCACAUGCCCCUGAUCCUCUUUUUGGGCCCCUGAUCUUUUUGCUCCAGGGACAGAACAGUACAUCUCCUAGAUUCCCUGUGUCACUGCUGGUCAGACUGGUUGGCUGGUGUGCGGGUACUGCACCUCUCUUACCAAGUCAUCAUUGUGGCUUUACAUUGUUAACAUCUGUAAGUAGUUCUGGGAGAUUUGGGGCCAAAUAAAGGUUCUCCUGUCUGGUGAAAAGCUGAUAAUAGCUUUGCCAGUGUUCUUAGUCAUUAUGUCCUCUAAAAGCUGUAAAAGUUUGGCUUGUGGUGAUCUUGUUCAAAUUAUUGAGACAAACUUUGGUUGUGUUUCAGCAAAUGAUUUAAAGCAUCUUGAGAUUGAAUAAAGAAUACCUGUGUGACAUAUUUAUGAUUACAAAGUCAAUAUUUGCUAUUUUAUAAUGCAUUUCUUGGUUUCUGUAAUCAGUUUCGGAAUAAAAUCGAGGUAUGUAUAAAAGCAA